AUGGAUGACUUUGAUAUCAUAUUGGGGGCAACUUUGUGAUCAAGGCAAAGGCGAUAAUUUUCCUCCACUACAAAGGAAUUCUCAUAUGUAGGGGCAAGCAAUUGUGUUUUGUGCAAGGAUUUACACAAGGGAGGACAAAGCCCCAAUUUAUUUAUGCAAUGCAAUUGAAUUCUAACUUGUAAAAGGAUGCAAACACAUAUCUCAUCACAUUAUGAGACGUGAAAGGAGAAGCUAGUGGGUCAUCUACAUGUAUUUCCCUUAAGAAUUUCAUACCAUCAUACUUGAAAAACUCUUUGUGAAUUUACUAUUAAGGCGAGACAUUGAACAUGCUAUUGAAUUAUUACUUGGGGAGCAACCACCAACCAAGGCCCCAUAAAAGAUGCCUCCGUCACACUUGAAAGAGCUGAGAAAGCAAUUGAAAGGGUUACUAACAGUAGGGCAUAUUCACCAUUCUCACACCCCAUUUGAUGCUUUAGUUCUUUUGUAGAGGAAGAAAGACGAUAUACUAAGGCUUUGUAUAGAUUAUAGGACUCUAAAUAAUAUCACGAUGAGGAACAAGUACUCAAUACCUAAUGCAAAUGACCUAUUUGACUAG